AACAACAACAACAGUUGCUCCAACCACAACAACUGCUGCUCCAACAACAACAACUGUCCCAACCACAACAACAGCUGCUACAACCACAACAACUGUGGCACCAACCACAACAACAGCUGCUACAACAACAACAACUGCCCCAACCACUACAACUGCUGCUCCAACCACAACAACACCUGCUCCAACAACAACAACUGCAGCUCCAACAACAACAACAGCUGCUCCAACAACAACAACAACUGUCAAAACCACAACAACAGCUGCUUCAACCACAACAACUGCUGCUACAACCACAACAACUGCCCCAACCACUACAACUGCUGCUCCAACCACAACAACAGCUGCUACAACAACAACUGCUGCUCCAACAACAACAACUGCAGCUCCAACAACAUCAACUGCUGCUACAACAACAACAACAACAGCUGCUCCAACAACAACAACUGUCCCAACCACUACAACAGCUGCUACAACCACAACAACCGCCCCAACCACUACAACUGCUGCUACAACAACAACAACAACAGCUGCUACAACCACAACAACUGUGGCACCAACAACAACAACAGCUGCUCCAACGACAACAACUGCUGCUCCAACCACAACAACAGCUGCUACAACCACAACAACAGUGGCACCAACCACAACAACAGCUGCUCCAACAACAACAACUGUCCCAACCACAACAACAGCUGCUUCAACCACAACAACAGCUGCUACAACCACAACAACUGCCCCAACCACUACAACACCUGUUUCAACAACAACAACUGCUGCUACAAGCACAACAACAGCUGCUACAACAACAACAGCUGCUCCAACCACUACAACAGCUGCUACAACCAUAACAACUGUGGCUCCAACCACUACAAUAGCUGCUCCAACAACAACAACAGCUGCUACAACCACAACAACUGUGGCACCAACAACAACAACAGCUGCUCCAACAACAACAGCUGCUCCAACAACAACAACUGUCCCAACCAC